UCUCGGCCAGCUGGGAGCGUCGUACGCGCGCAGGCGCCCUCCUUUUUCGGUGGGAAGAGGAGGUGCUGCUGGCUGAUUCGGCCAUGUCGGUGCAGGAGGACCCGGUCCAGCGCGAAAUCCACCAGGACUGGGCGAACCGCGAGUACAUCGAAGUGAUCACCAGCUCCAUUAAGAAGAUCGCGGACUUCCUCAAUUCCUUCGACAUGUCCUGCCGCUCCCGCCUGGCCACGCUCAACGAGAAGUUGACGGCGCUGGAGAGACGGAUCGAAUACAUCGAGGCCCGGGUAACAAAGGGUGAAACAUUGACAUAGUGUGAAGCUGGCAAGGAGCCAACCUAAGGGAAAAAACGCAGCUGUUUAAAAAGCUGAUGAUCAGACUUCAGGUUUCUUCAUUACUUAACAUGGAUGGGAGUUAACUCAUUUCUGCCCUUUGGGAAGCUGCAUCCUCCAUUUGGAGACUUUGUAUGGGUGAUUCCAGCUGAACAGCUAAAUUGUACAAGAGCAUGUUUAAUUAUGUGGUUUUAUACAAGCAGAUUCAUGCAGUUCUUGUCCUGUUGUGUCCCAUGUACACGCAGAACUCUGGCUUCACAGCAAUUAAAUAUUGAUGGAACAAAAUCUUAAUUUCUGGGAACAGAGUUUUAUUAUUACUAUGAAUAAUUUUUGAGAAUCUAAACAGAUCACGAUGUUAGGACUGUGCAUAGUGUGUGGCUCUUAUGGCUCGCUAUUGCUGCUCCAAGAUAUCAAAUAACCUAUCUGA